AUGGAUAUUGCCGACGAUAGACACAAUCCCCACGACCAGCUGCUCAAUCACAUGGGACUCAUCCAACCAACCGACAUGCAAAUGGAACCAAGCAACUCACCAGUCUCAUCUGCAAACUCAGAUCAACUUUCUCAAGAAGCUAGUCAAUUACUGUUUGGCACUGAAGGACACUCCAACACUUUUCAAGCAGAUUUAAAGGCAAUCAACAAACAGCACAAAGAUGUCUAUAACCGUCUGCACUCAAUUUUCGAAGACUCUGAAUUUGUGACCAACGUGGUGGACCGGUAUCAGCCCUUGCCUGUUAUUGCAAACCUGCGAUGUGGCGCUUGGUACAUUGACCCACGUAUCACCAAUGUAGACUGUACCGCUUAUUUUAAAUCUACUGAUGGCCAUGAUGGUCAGUGGCAAUUUUCUCUGCGAAGAUCAAACCUUCAAGUACUUCAUCUGAUCAUUUCUUCCGGCGGAGUCAUCCUUGUGGACUCUACCCGUCGUGGCAAGCGGUUCCCCGAUGCGCUUUCUAAAACCGUCCCAUCUUGGUGCGCUGUAAUUAACACGGCUCGCGCAAAACUCCUCAACCGUUACCCCGUCGCUCCUUCGCUGCGAUCCGCUUGGCAGCCACACUCGUCGUCACUUGGUCUUGAUACACCCGUCAAUGCUGUUCGGAGUAGUGAACAUGAUCAGAUUCAAAGGCUGGUCGAUAAUUGGGCUGACCAACUCCUCGCCUCUUCUUUCAACGUCGAGGAGACUCUUGCCCAGCUACAUCGGCCUCUGAAGCCUAUCUGGGUCUCACCUGCCAGUGAUCUCGGUAAAGAAGCUUCAAUAGGAGAUGUAAACAAACUCGAUUUUCAUCCUGUGAUUUGCCUCAGUGCCAGUAAAUACUUGGGUGAUCACCCGUCCACUGAUCGAGAGGGUGGAUUCAAUUACAUUCAAGGAGCUGGUGAUGAUCACGAGGGAUGGUCGAGAGGAUUAACACAUAAAUUGUUUUGGGACAACCACCAUGAAUUUUUGGCAGCUCAUCGCCAUGAGCUGGAAUCUUUGAUAGAUCUGAUAGUUUCAUCGUCGCUGGAUAACACGUGCUCCAAUCUCAAGCGCGUUGAAGUUUUCGAAGUCCGCACAACGAAGCUUUUUAUCUGUCUACCAAAUGACUUCAAUCAAAAUUCAUCCUCAGAGGACGCAUUGGAUGUAAUCAUUUCUGGUGGCGAUUCAGUCGAGCUGAGGUGCAAGAAAGAUAAAAUAGAAAAAAAAGUUGUUGUGGCUAAUAAUCGAGUGAUGAAGAACUUAUCAAAGACCUUGUCAAGCGUUUUGCCCGAAUGUAUACAAAUGAUGAAAGAUAGUAAAGCCGUACGGCUCACUGCCAUUGGUCCCAAGUUAGACGAAUCGAAAGAGAUAAUGGUUGCAAUUGCACUAUGCUUACUAGUGAACGUAUUCAAUGACCAUGGCUUACAUCGUCAAGAGCCACCAAAGCAAAUUGAAAAAGCUGACAUUCGGCACAGGUUGCAUUGGAUGAUUGAAGCCUCCAAGGGCACUCUAAACCCACCGAGGUCCAUUCUCAAGAGGGUCAAUAAUUAUCUUAUUGGUUAA